UUUGGCCAUUACUGCUCGGCCUUCAAGUAUCUCGUCGUGCCUAGAUAGAUUUCUUUGAUGCCGCAAGCGGCCCAGGAGCUCAAGCUUGAUGCUUCGUCGUUUCUUCCUUUCACGAGAAACUAGCGCCCACGCUUACCGUCCACGUCUCUAUCUCUGUGUCUCUCUAACUGUCGGCCCAAGGCAAGCGGUGUUACUUGGUCAUGAUGCUGAGCAAGCUGAGAAUUCAACGCCAUGUUUAUAACACACAAGCAACCAAUUCGCCUCAUCCAGAUUUGCUGUGGUUGCAAACCGCGGUUUUGGGUUUCCGCUGAAUGAAAACUUUGUUGGCAGCAGCAGGCGACUGUACAGCAAGUACUAGGACUCAUACCUGCUAGUGGUGGUGUUGGUUCACUUUUAAGCUCAUCCCAGUUUCUGGAUUUCUUGUUUCUUCUGGCGAUGAAAGUCUCCUCCCGAACAACGUAUAUGGUAUCUUCUCCGUGGUCGCCAUCACCACACAUCUCCAAAUUACGAUUAGAGGAAUGCCGGUAGCAGCCGAGCGUCGGUUUUCUUGCUCAGAUUCCUGCACUCCAGCAAUUGCAAAUCGGAAUCUUCAAUUCCAGUUGUGGUUACCUCAAGUUCACUGGGAAAGCUCGUGGUCUGGUCCUCAGUCGCAUCAGACUAAUCUCGUGACAAGGUCGAGGUCUCGAAUCUGGAUAUCGACCCUGGUUGCUUCCGAUGGGGAUUAGCAACGGUGAUCCUCCUGUGACGGCUAGCUCUAGUGGGCGGAUGGAUCGGGUGCAGCAGAUAGACCUUUCAAUUGCACCUGCAGAAGAAACUUACGCAGAUCAGGAAACGCAGAACAUGGCGACGGCUGAUUACGAGCAGCAUCCAGCUUCCACCUCAACGCCACUGCCUGCACAAAACUUUUUGCAAUUAGGACCCAGUUCUGGACCCGUGUCUGUAUCCAAUCACAGGGCUUCUGCCGAAUCCCUACCUUCACGUUUCAGGCCAGAAAGAGGUGACGAUUCGAACCGGCUUCGUCUGGCAACAAACCAUUGCAACGAGCGAUCAACUGUCGAAGACGGGUCCCCGCCUUCUUCGCCCGGUAGCAAGCAGAAAAGUACUUCUUCGGAGUCCGAAAUUCGCAAUCAGCUCAGACUGGCGCGUCUAGAGAUGGCUAGAAUGGGAGAAGAGAAAGAGCAGAUGAGACGAAUGCUGGCUGCUCUGACCAUGGAUUAUCAGACACUGCAUGAGCAUGUCGUCUCUCUCCUGCAGCAACAAGCUCUCAAUCCACAGUCUGCGCAAGCAGCUGCAAUGCCUCGGAUUCCAGUCAUGGCCCAAAUUGAAGAUGAUGUGACUGCAGUAAAUCAAAGUCGUCCACUGAUGCAAAAUAUCAAUUAUGGGUCAUCUGCAGCGUCGGGAAACCAGACGGCCGCGGCAUCGAAGCACCAGUCCUCGAUGCGACCGAGUGGCACGGUUUCUGGCUUCGGUCAUCAGAAUUCCGAUGCACGCGAUGGCAUUGAAGAAUCUCGAGGACCGGGUCUCGAGCUGGAACCACGGCGGCAGCAGCAGCAGGAGGAAGAGAAAGUAUUUCCUGCUUCUCGGGCAAGCCGCAGAUCGGCCUUGGCCUCCGACAACACCACCACCACCAACAAACACCGCAACAGGAGCACACCGGAACGGUCCAUCACGCGCAAUUUGGAGGCAGCUGCCGGCAUCGAAAUGGACGAGUCCGCAGGCUCGGAGCCGGUGACCGACGACUCUCCUCCCCGAGAGGCCAGAGAGAGGGAGCGCGAGGAAAGCAGCUCCGCGCCACCGGCGGUCUGGCCACCGAAUAAACGCCUCAAAACAGGCGCCAUGCACGAUCCCACGGUUCGCAACGCUCGCGUUUCUGUCCGAGCGAGAUCCGACGCGCCCACUAUGAACGAUGGGUGUCAAUGGCGCAAGUAUGGACAGAAAAUGGCCAAGGGCAAUCCUUGUCCUCGAGCUUACUACCGCUGCACGGUCGCUCCCGGCUGCCCCGUUCGCAAGCAGGUGCAAAGGUGCGCCGACGAUCGGUCCAUUCUCGUCACUACCUAUGAGGGCACCCACAAUCAUCCCCUGCCGCCGGCUGCCACCCAGAUGGCGUCCACCACCUCGGCUGCCGCUUGUAUGCUUCUGUCGGGCUCCAGCUCCACGGCUGAAGAAGACGUGCGAGUCAACAACAACUACCAUCAGAUCGGGUCCGGCUGCGUCUCGUCGUCAGGAUCGGCGGCCAUGUUGUCGAGCUCCGCUCCGUUUGCGACCAUCACCUUGGACCUGACCAGCAAUCCCACCACGCAGUUGUCUCUCGGAGGAGCCAGCGCCGUGCCGGUGCCUUUUCCUCUCGGAGGCCCUCUCGCACGACCUCAUCCCUGGGCUCUGCAGAACCCCACCUCGUUGGCUCCGCUGCACACGACUCAGUACUUAUCAGCGGAAGGCGCACGAGCUAUGCAAGCUGCUUACUCGAACCAACCAGAAUAUCAAGCUCAAGGUGCUGCCAACGGUGGGCCUCAACUGCUCGCCGACACGGUGAGCGCUGCCACGGCCGCCAUCACGGCCGAUCCCAACUUCACGGCUGCCUUGGCCGCUGCUAUCACGUCCAUGAUCAGUGCCCAGGCUAAUCCUCGACACCAAGGCAGCAGUUUAGCUGGGGAGCAUUCGACGAGUUCUUUGCAGAUUCAAGGGUCUUCGUCAUCCGACAUGCUUGUCCAAUCCAUUGCCAAUUCGGUGUUGAGACCGCAGCCAAACCCUCAUAACACGUCUCUCGGAAACCUCCUGAACCGUUCGGCGCUGUCGAUGUCGACAGGAAGCGAGGACCACGAUCAAGCAUCUGCUCAGCAACCCUCCAUAGCGAACUCCCAAGGCAGGAAACCGUCUCAUACUAUCAGCCAAACACAGUGAUGGGGAGAAGUUCUACACAUGUGCUGUACAGAUGAAUUGCUUACUCUUUAGUCUUGGACCCUGAAACCUUUCUGGAGGUUUAGUUAGGCCCAAUGGAUCAGCGUGUCGCAGCUGCCCAAUUUCUUUGUCAAUGUUGGACGUCAAGCUCGGAGAUUUAGAAGCUUAGUUCGAGAAGUAGCUAGCUACAAAGCACAUCAAUUGGUGGGUGCAAAUUCGCAGCAAGCAAGAAAUAUUUUUUACGAAAAUGAGUUCAUGGCCAUGGCAAAUACAUGUGUGUCAGAUGUAACAGGGCUAGAGAGACAUGUAAAUAAUACUCACGAAGGACUCUUAUUUAAUGUCGGG